AUCAGCCUGGAGGCGGAGUAUGAGGUGGUUGCAGUGUUGCAGGAGGGGUGGAGAGGCAGGGUGCUGCUGGUGGAGCACCGCGUCACUAGGAACGAAGUGGUUCUUAAGGCCACCCAUAAGGACGCCACCUCCAGGAUGGACUUCUUCAGACUUUACAUUGACCACGCAGGGAGUUCCACAUAUGGCCUCCAAGUCCGCCGUGGAGUUUAUGAACGCCAAGGUGUGGCCUCCAAGUCCGCCUUGGACUUUAUGCACUCCAAGGAUUUGGUGCAUCGCGAUAUCAACAUGGAUAACAUUUUGGUGUUCAAAAGCGACUUUAGCCGCGUCAAGCUCUGUGAUUUUGGCUCCACCCGCAAAACCGGCAGCCUGUUGAAGAAAAAAACCGUUUGGCUGCCUUAUGCGCCGCCCGAGAUCGUCGACGCGGUUCAGAACGAAGGCUACCACGUAGAUACGGCACAGGAUGUGUGGCAGUUCGGGAUCCUGGUAUACGUGCUGCUCACCGGCCAGCUGCCGUGGCAGAAAGCUGACCUAACUGAUCCGCACUACGCCGAGUACGCAAACUGGCGGAAGAGGAAGACUUUACGAACACCAAAGCGUUUGAGUAACUUUAGCACCCGCUUCCUCCGGUGGAUGAAAAGGACACUUGAACCUAAGCCAGAGAAGAGGGCUUCGGUGAAGGAGAUAACGAAAUACAUUGAUGACAAAUGGCUCACGCGACAGGUCAAGAAAUUUGAUGAUGUUGAUAACCAGUCUAUUUGCUAUUCCACAUUCUCGAUGCACUCUUCGAAAAUUGAAAAAGAUAAAGUUCUCAAAGCUCUAAAAGAUCAUGGGAUUGAAACGACAGUUGAUCGAGCGGCAAAACGUAAACGAAUUCACGAGUGGCUGGAGAGAUCGAUCUCUACACGGCAAAAUAAUGUCGAAGAAGAUGAUAUGAUCUCGCAGUCUAGUGAUAUUUCUCAGCAAAAGUCCGUUAGCUCAGGAAAGCUAUCCGGUUCUUCCUGUACCAAGCAUGGCAAUACAUCGAGCCUCAACAACCUCUUGGACGAUGGAUAUCAAACUGGUUCGUCCUCUAAUAAUUCAUCUAUGAAGAUGGUUCAAAUGCGCUCCAAUCUUAACAAGUCUAUAGGGACCAUCAACCGAAUUGAGUUUGAGAAGGGAAUAUCAAAAAAUGAUUUCCAUUUAAACCAAAAAGCAGAAAGACAAAGAAGACAGGGCCAGCAAAAGCUCUCAGCAUCGAGUACAGACACAAUAGUAGCGGCGCCCAACAAGAAACUUCUUCAAAGAAUUGGCCUCAGUCCAGCCCGCCCUCCCAACCAGCAAACAAAUUGCCGCGAUAACCAAGGACUUCUAAGUGGAACAACCCAACCAAACUUCAUUGUUCAGCCUCAGCCAGGACAUGUCAACCACACAAAAUACUUGCCAGAACCAAAAAUUGCAGAUCGCUCCGCAUUUAUUCCGCAAUCUUAUCGAAAUACUUCCGAAGGUCCAGGUAGCCAUCAGGUCAUCUUACCAAGUUCAAAGAACUGGCCAAUGGAGGCAUCACAACUCCAGAUGAUUCACGACCAGCAGAUACCACCACAGGGACAUCAGCAUCAAUACCACACUGGAUGUAAUAACACUGAACAGAAUUACCAGUGUUCUUCUUGUCACGCAAGAAGCAAUACUUGGGAACGCUCUGAGAGUUUCGAACUUCAGAGGUCUCGAACAGACUCGUUUUACGUCACUGAAUCUCCCCGAACAUCGCUUUCUCGACACGAGAGCGAAGAAAGGCUUUCUGACGGCAGCGUUACUAGUGUCAUACUAAGAAUGAGAAUAGUUGAGGCUUGAGUUAGUAUAGCUUUCUAACCGUUCCCAUUCCCAGAUUUAUCCGACCUAAUUUUUACUAUGAAAGUAGGUAAGACUUUGUAGAAUGGAUAUGACAUUCCCCUAAAAAUAUGGGAUGUGCAAUGUGAAUUUGAAAUUUGGAACCCAGCGGCCAACGUCAUAAUUACUUCACAACUACGAAAAUGCAACCUUUUUGUUUACGUUGUUUUCAUGUUUCAAAUGUAUCAUUAUAUACCCAAUGAAUGUCUAGUCAUUGUAAUAACAUGCCGUAGAAUGUACAGCGGUUGGCCAAAAUAAGGGAAACACCAGAGAAAUCCACAAA